UUGACAGUUUACCAGAGAUCAGAACUAUUUCUAGGUGUUCUCCAUUGGUGAAGCGUCUUCAUUAGUCAAAAAGCGUGGGCGGGACUCUUGCUCUCUGCAGCGAGUCAAAGAGAAAGGCAAUAAAGGGAGGCAGGAGCUGCACUUUGCCGACGAGCAUCUCUGCCGUCCUGCUUCACUACAGUAAUCACUGCCCCCGGAUCUGCGAAAAAUACACAGGGACUCCUCUGGAAAAGGCAAGAGUUCAUCAAUGUAACUCCGGUCAGUCCGAAACUGCGCCGUUUACCUGGAUAAGUCCAUCCCGACGAGAAGAGAGAGAGAGAGAGAGAGAGAGAGAGAGAGAGAGAAAGAGAGAGAGAAAGACAAGAGACUAACCGAGUGGAGUGUCGACGUCAAAUUGUGAAGGAAAAGAGAAGAAUAUGAUUGUCCAGCAGCACUUGAUCUUCAUCCUUUACAGCCUCUGUGCAAGCGUCUUUAAAGUGGCUGGGACAAAAAGCAAAGCGAAAGGUAGCCAAGGUCAGUUCCCCAUUACUCAGAAUGUGACGGUGGUGGAGGGGGGCACAGCCAACAUGACCUGUCGUGUGGAUUACAAUGAUAACACUUCCCUCCAGUGGUCAAACCCUGCACAACAGACCCUGUUCUUUGGAGACAAGAAAGCUCUGAGAGACCACAGAAUCGAGCUGGUGCGAGCCUCAUGGCAGGAGCUCACCAUCAGAAUUAGUGACGUCAGCCUGUCAGAUGAGGGCCAGUACACCUGCUCGCUCUUCACCAUGCCUGUCAAGACCACCAAGGCCUUCCUCACUGUUCUGGGAGUACCAGGACGGCCGGAGAUCACAGGAUUCACCAAGCCUGCCACAGAGGGGGAUGUAAUCACCCUGACAUGCACCACAUCAGGCAGCAAACCAGCCGCCAACAUCCGGUGGUUCCGAAAUGACAAGGAGGUCCAAGGCACCAAGGAGGUGAAUGCCACAGGAAAAUCAUUCACAGUGAGGAGUAGCGUCCAGUUCCAGGUGGACAAACGGGACGACGGCGUCGCCUACACCUGCAGCGUGGAGCAUGUGUCUCUGUCCAACCCCUACAUGACAACUGAGGUCCUGGAGGUCCACUAUGCUCCCCAUCUGGAGAUCACACAUUCACUGAUUAUUCCACAGGAAGGGCAAUACUUCAAAUUGGAGUGUAUUUCCAUAGGCAACCCGAUACCUGAACCGGUGCUGUGGUCUAAAGAUGGAGGAGAGCUGCCAGACACUGAGCGUAUGAUUGUGGAGGGCAGGGAACUAACCAUCACCACACUAAACAAAACAGACAAUGGCACAUACCGCUGCGAGGCCAGCAACGACCUGGGGACCAGCAGUGCUGAAUACAUACUGUUUGUAUAUGCCAAAGACUUUCCAGGGCCUACGACAGAUCCUAAUGCUUUAGGACAACAUGGACCUGACCACGCUUUAAUCGGCGGAGUUGUUGCAGUCGUGGUCUUCAUCACCUUGUGUUUGAUAAUAGUUCUUGGACGAUAUCUGGCCAGACAUAAAGGGACAUAUCUAACACACGAGGCCAAAGGAGCAGAGGACGCCCCAGACGCAGACACAGCCAUCAUCAACGCUGAGGGAAACCAUGUGCAUGCAGAGGAAAAGAAAGAGUAUUUCAUUUAGACUUCUGUUGCUUUUUUCUUUUCUUUCUUUCUCCUUCGUUUCAUGACAACUUUUGACAGCAGACAUGCAAUUUUAAGCUGCCUCAGCAUCGGAGUCUGUUUUACUUUAAUUAUUAUUUACUUGUUCUUUUGCCUUCUCCAGAAAGCUCAUGCUUGGAUAUGCUUGUUUUCAAAGCAUUCGCUGACAAUAUAGCCUUCUCCUUUUGUAAUCAAUGUACCCCAUGUACAAUUGGAUUAUGUCCAUUUCAGUUUUACGGUGCCUAAAUGCUGUAUAUUUUUCUGCAUUUCUUUUAUCGCUUGCAUUCUCUCUCUUCUCUGUUACGUCACCUGUUAUACAACUUUUUGCAGAUUUUUUAAAAUUCAGAGGAAAUGUGCUUCAACUCAAGUCUUAGCUUUUCAAACUGUUUUACGUUAAGAACAGAGUGUGUUAAAAUACAUCUAUCUAUCAAGCAUUUCCAUCAGAGGAAUCUUUUUAGGGACUGAAUGGUUUUUAGAUAUUUACCCCACCACAGCCAUAUUGCACAUGUUUAAAAAAUAAAUCAUAAAGCAGACCAAACACUGACAAAAAAAAACUUCGAAGCACAAUCUAUGUGAUUGUCUCAAGAUGAAAUUGACUCCCUUUUAGCAGUUUCCAUGUUCCUGCAUUGAUUUUAUUUUGAGUUUUUACUCAUGCUGUUGAUUUGUACCAACAGAGAACAAGUCAGAAUAUUAAAGCACAAAGUCUGAGGACUAACACAGAGGGAAAACACAUCAACUGUUUCUUGUCUCAGGAUUCAAUAUGAGUCUAGAUGGAGAGAUGGUGUCAGAUACACGAUGAAGAUUUCAGUACACUGAACGAUUUUCAGUUAUUGUCACGGAUGAGGAACUUUAAUUUUGGGUUGGUGAUUUGAUGUAAGAUCCAAACUGAAUGAGUGGAACCUUGUAGGGGUUCAUUAUUUAUGUUGAAUUUUAUUGAACAACUAUGCUCAAUGUGUGGAUAUUGCUGUAAAAUACUUUGCUAACGUGAAUAUUGGUGAACAAUAUUGUUGAGUCUUGGGAUCCCUGACACAUUUCGAUUUGUAUAUUAGCAUAUACAGUAUUUAAAGUAUUCCACACGUCUUAUUUUUUCCCAUUUAUCUAACAAGAGGUUGUUUUGUCAUAAGGUAUGUAAAUAAUGUGUAAGUAUUCAAUUUCAGUAAAAGAAAAAUCGCUGGCUAUAGCUUUUAAUUUCAGGUCCAUAUCAGUUCCUGUCAUUUUGAUGAGAUUAUUUUCACAUUUUUGAAGAUUUCUUCAAACAGGGAUUCUCAAUAAUUGCUUAAAAUGUAAAAAAAAAACUACAAAACUAAAAACUAAAAAACUUAACAAAACAAAAAAAGGAAAAAAAAUCUGGUCAAAAUAUAUGUAUUUAUUAUUAUUAUUGAUUGACAUUUAUUAUAUAAUGCUAUAUUGAUUGAUAUUAUUGCUGUUAUUACUAAAGUAGUGGUCUGACAUUAACUUUUCCAUUUUUUAAUUCUGAAACUUAUCAUAAAAAACAAUACAAGGAUCACCGUUAUGGCCUUUGAGUUUGCUGCAAACAGUACUAAUGACAUGUUGAGGCAUUGGUGAAUCAGACAUCCCCUCAUUGUAUAUAGUCACUGUAUCAAAGACACUGAACCACAUUGCCAAUGCUCAUACAUGUUAUUUUGUUAGUUCAAUAUGAUGCUAUAAAUAACUCAUUUUGUACAAAGUUUUAAUCGCUGUAAUUAAUUUGCUUUAUAUGGGGGAUGUGUGAGGUUUUGCUUUUUUCUCAGUAUUGAAUAUUCAUUUUUCAACUAUGCCACUGUAAAAAAAAAAAAGAAAAAAAGAAAAAAGAGAGACAAAGUGCGGAUUAAAAUAUGAACAACUUGAAAACUGC